AUGGGCAUUGACAUCCCACAAAAGACAGGUUCUGAGAAGUCGGAUGCUGAACUGGACUCUGCUGCAGGCGAUGUAAAAAAUCCUCUGGAGCGACAUCUACUGCUGAGACAGGGUCAUUUUAAAGAGCAUGAUCUGCCACCGAUUGUGGACAAAUCCCUGGAGCUGUGCAGACCUCCUCGUGCUCCUCCUCUCCCUCCAGUGCUGUCUCAGAAAACAGAUCCUGAUAUCCAGCCCCAGUGCUCCAGCUCAGGUCUCAAAGCGCAUGUAGGGGAUGUUAACAAAAGCACAUCUACCACAGAUGUUGAGACCAGGGUUCCCUGUAGAAAAGAGAUGAAGGGGAAACUGGAGUUCCACCUGAUCAAACAGCUGCUGAGCCAGCUGCUGAAUCAUCCCUACCCUGGCAGCGACUUCCACGAGGCUCCAGAGCUUCCACAUUCCCUGAAGCACGGCCGCUGUACCUGUUGUGAUUAUCCGUACGACAGGGUCACCGUGUCUGACGAAAUGGGUCCAGCCGAUCAGGAGGGGUCAAGUUCCGAGGAAGCCAGCGAACCGUCCGUGAUCACGAAAGACUUGCACCCGUCGCUGGAUUCAUUAAAGGAACACCUUCAGGCGCACCUGUUGCAAAAAAAAUUCAUGGACUGUGGACUUUUACCACACUGCGCUUUAAAGUCCCAUACAAAUUGUGCGCAGGCAGAGAUGGAAAGGGAAAGGUCGACGGACCAGGCCGUACGCACAAAGCUGAGUGAUAAAAUGCAAAAGCGCAGGAAGGAAAUCGUGGCUGGUAGGAUGCCAGAAAGGAAGGGAUCUCAAGAUGAUCAGCUAGACGAGGGGAGGGAAAUAGCAUCUGGAAAAUCCCCAAGUAGAUGCGAGUUAAAAGCUGGAGAAAAAAAGCAUCCUGACUCUGAUCGAAGAGUGGGAUUCGCUUCAAUGCCCAUGUGCAAGACAACGGUGUGUCACACGUCUCCCAACAAUAACCUGCAGCACAAAAAUCCUGUUGAGGAGUCAGAAAUCAACCCGCUGCCGCCCGCCACUGUCCCGGAAGAAAAGCAGCGUAGGAGGAGUCGUCCAAAAGAGGUCACUUGUUCCCGCGAUCCUCUCCCAGAAGGACUCCAAACGUAUUCUGCUGAAAUAUACGUUCGUGUUCACAAAAUAGCUGGUGGGUCGAGGAGGACGUCUCAACAUAAAACUCCAGACCGAGCUUCACCUCCACGAGCAGGCCGACAGAGAACAGGCGUGCUGAAAGAAAAGACGAGUGCCGAAACCAAAUCGAGAACUCCCAAAAAUCAAACGGAGGAAACUCUGGCAGCUUCCAGGCCAGAAAUCCAGGGCUACUACUACUGCAAUUCUGAAGAGAAGGAGCCGGUGACUCACGAGUCGUGUGCGUUUGUCCCUGAUUCCUUAGGCCGUUCUAGGGAAGGAAAGCGGAGAGCCAGCAAGGAGGGAAGCACCAGAGAAAGACCCUCAAGAACCCACAAGCAUGAGCGAUCUUCCUCCAAGACGAGACGGUAUCGGAAUGGAUAUUCAGAUGAUGUCAACGUACAGGGUGUCAUGCACGUCAACAGCAUUGGUGAUGACCGGAUACCCUCCCGAAAGAAAUGCUACAAAAAAAGGAAGGGAUCCAGAUCCAAGGAACAAAGGCCAACUUCCAGCUCAGAAGAGGAGGGCAGGCCUGUCCAGAGACCCCGGAGGAAAUCUAAGUCCAGGAGAGAAGAAAGGGGCAACAAUGGCCCUCACGAGCCGUCGUGCUUCUCAGGUGACAGAAACGUUCUCAAGUACCAUAAUAGGAUGGGUGCCGAUCAGAGAAAGCGGAGCUCUGAAAAAGCUCCAAAAUCUACAGUCACUGAGAUCCAUUUAAUUUACAAAACGGAAGAACAGGCUCAGGUGGAGAAGCCGCCGAGGAUCAAGGAGUGGUUCCAAUCCUUUUGGAUGUCCAGCAAACAAAGAGUGACUCAGCUGGGGGGUGGGGCAGGGGUCUGA